CCUCUGUCUAUGUAUGUACAGUCCCUGCUCACGCGUUACGCCAGAUCACACCAUAUAGCACUGGCUGCUCUCACCUCAGCAGCUCGACCAAUGGGGAGCAGCGAAGCAAGAGGUCAGUGAUGACUACUUCCGGGUUAAUUCGCUCCCUUCAUGGCUUUACUUCAUGCUUUCUAUUCAGCUGUUUGGAGUGGCGCGAAAAAAAAGUAAAUAAAUAACAACAAAAACAAUAAUAAUAAUAAUCGCAGAAACUAUAUUGGAGUAAGCAACCCGUUGCUUUUUGGACCCUCUUUUGUCUGUGGAAUGUGCUGUCGCGAUGGCAGAAAAACAUGUCCUUGGAACGGUCUGCUUUGGUUCUGUCGGCUGUGGGGACUUAUUACUGCUGCCGGGUUCUGGGGAGUUGGUAUAGAGACUGCUGUGUUUCACCGUACAAUUGCCAUAUAUUUCAUCAUCACAGCACUCAUCCUUCUUUUCCUCGAGAUUGUAUUUCUGAUUGACAUUUGGCUGUCUCUCUGCAUCAGUGAUGAUUCCACAUGUAUGAAACUUUGGCAGUAUGUUUUGUGGAUUGACACAUGGAAAAAAGGAAUCUUUUACAUUCUUCUUUGCUGGCCCAGUUUUUUACAUUUACAAAAUCCUUAUCUUGGUAUUUUAGCAGGUGUUAUGCUUCUUAUAUGUGCCAUUUUAUACAUUACAAGAACAUUUGAAACUUGGCCUGUACGAGAGUCUGAGAAAACUGAAGAGACUGACACAUAUGACAGGUUUCCAGAAAUCCAUGAUGUAUUGGAAGACAAUAUCAUUAACCCUCCUGGGCCCAACACCAUCAUGUUGAACAUAGCUGACCAGAAUGAAAUCAUCCAAGUGUAGCCACUCCACUCCUUACUUUGUCAUGGAAGUGGUCCUAGGGUACAGAUGGCUUCAGUCAGUCAAUGAUUGAAAUUUAACCACAAAUAAUAGUGGUUGGUGUGCCGUGUCCACUUUUGUAAUGGGAGAAACAGGGGACAGGCAACACAAUAUUUCUGUCUUUCAUCGUAAAUGUGUGUGUGUGUGUAUGCUUGUGUAUGUGUGUGCAGAUCCAUAGAUAUGUAUAUGUAUA